UGAAGAUGAAAAGACUAUGGUGGUUCACAGGAGCCCCCCGAGCGACCCUCUGCUGCAGCCGUAUUUCCCCUCCCGGCAUGGCCCUCGGCACAACCACAGGCACGUCAGAGACUGUCAGCCCCUCAAGUAUGGCAACGUAACACACGAAGCUUGGCCCAGCGACAACAGGACGGGCGGCCCAGUGGCUACCACCAGAACGUUUGUUUCUUACAUCCCCGCAGGGGGUGAGGACCGCAAGGUGGUCUAUGGCCACUUCACUUUCGUGAGGAACCCCCUGAGGACCUUCUCUGUGCUAGAGCCGGGCGGCACAGGAGGCUGCCAGGCUCACCGCAGAGCCCCCGUGGAAGAGACCGCAAAGCUCGGGAAGUGUCUCGUGGCCCAGAACGGCGGGUACUUUGACAUGGGAACCGGAGAGUGUCUUGGGAACGUUGUGAGCAAUGGAAAGCUGGUGAGAAACUCUGGAGGCCUGCAAAACGCUCAGUUUGGCAUCCGGAAGGAUGGCACCAUGGUGUUCGGUUACCUGUCUGAGGAAGAUGUCUUGGAUCAAGCAAACCCUUUUGUGCAGCUUGUGAGUGGGGUUGUUUGGCUCCUAAGAGGUGGAGAGGUGUACGUCAGUCAGAGUCAAAUGGCUGAGUGUGGUGAAAUUCAAACCACAGGAACCUUCGACAAGUUCAUCAAUGUGAUAUCAGCCAGGACUGCAGUUGGACACGACAGUCAGGGGCAGCUGGUCUUGGUUCAUGUGGAUGGACAGACAGAAUCCAGAGGGGUCAACCUCUGGGAAAUGGCUGAAUUUCUGAAGCAGCAGGGAAUCAUCAAUGCUAUCAAUCUGGAUGGCGGAGGGUCUGCAACGCUGGUCUUAAAUGGGACCCUCGCAAGCUACCCGUCGGAGCACUGCUCCUUUGACAACGUGUGGCGUUGCCCUCGGAGCAUCUCGACCAUCGUGUGUAUCCACGAGCCUGCCUGUGAGCCUGCAGACUGCAGCGGUCACGGGAACUGCGUGGAAGGGGAGUGCCACUGCACUGGGGACUUCUGGAGAGGUCCAGCCUGUGACAUCUUGGACUGUGGCCCUUCCAACUGCAGCCUGCGUGGCGUCUGCACCGACUCUGGAUGCCUGUGUGAUGCUGGCUGGAUUGGCAGCAACUGCAGCCAAGCUUGUGCCAGCGGUUUCUUUGGGGACGCUUGCACCCAGAAAUGCCGGUGCCAGAACAGUGGCUUGUGUGACCCCGUGCACGGAGCCUGUUCCUGCCCGGCUGGGUACUAUGGCACCAGCUGUGAGCAAGAGUGUCCCAUGGGCUGGUAUGGGCCGAACUGCCAGAAACAAUGCGCAUGUGAAAACACGUGUCCCUGCGACCGGGAGACAGGCAGCUGCAAUGUCACCUAUGAACUGGCAAUACAGGACCAGUUAAACAAAGCUGGGCGGUGUUUGGCUUCCCAGAAUAAGGGAAGGAGCAAAGAAAAAUUCUCUCUGUCAGAAAAAACCUGGCUCUCCAUGACCUCUGUCUUGGCUCUGCUUCUGGUGAUUAGCGCCGUGGGAAACGUCGGCCUUUUUCUCAAGGCCGGGGCAGAGAGGCACCGUGAGAGCGGUGACUAUCUCUACCACCCCCUGAGGGAGAUGAACGGGGAAGCCAGUCAUACCUCCACAUCUGCUGCCUGCGAGACAGAAGAUACUCAGGACCAAAGUCAGGCACUCCUUUAGAGUCCCGGAUGAGAAGAGACGAGGUAUUUUACUCUGCACCUUGUAGUGCUGCUCAGCACGGACUGUUACAGAGGCUAUUCAGGCCUAGAGUGUAGAACUGCUGACUAACCCAAGAGCAGCAGCGAGAUCCCUCAGUCCGAGAAACUCCCUUGCUUCUGGCCCAGCCCCGGCUAGCUUCCCUGCCUUCCUCCGCUGCUCCGGCCGGAGCAAGCAGGAUUGCGUAAGUAGUUGCCAUGAGAGGAUGCGGGGCACAAGCCAUGGGGCCAGCUUCCACACCCGCAGGUGGAUAAGGGAAUUCCACUGCUGCAGCAGGAAAGGAAACGGACUGGCUCCCUCCAGGACUUGAGAGGAAUGGGUGAGGAAUGUCAGCCAUAGGCACUGCAGAAAGGUCCCUUCUCGCCUGAGCAGUGGCAAGUAUUUUUAAGAUGCGAGAUAAAUUGCCUGUAGCAUAAAGCUAGGCUUAAGGAAGCCGGCUUAAGGAUGUUGUAGUCUAUAACUGUCUGCCCCUUCCCUGGUAAGCUCAGACUUUGAUCAGAAAACUAAAAAAAAAAAGUUGUUUUAAAGUGUUGAAACAGGGGCAGCACACAAUAAAACGACAGCGUUCCUCCUCCUGGCCACAGCGGUAGGCUGAAAGGCUGACACGCAGGGCUGGGGCUUUCUGGCACCUGACUUUCUUCACCUGGCCAGCGUUGACUGCAGGGCCAGAGCAUUUUCUUACCGAAUCCUUAAGACUACUACUAGGACAAGAGGUGCAUGAGCAGCACUGCGGUUUUUGGCAGGUUCUUGCAGUACAGCAACAGAAAAAGCCUUUUCACUUCAAAAAAUUUCAUUCUUCCCUUCUCUUGUACCUCUCAGAAGCCGGCGUGCUCCGCUCGGCUGCGUGGGCUGCCACCGAGGCGCCCUGCCGCUGAGGGACCGCGGCCUGGAGCUCGCCCACCUGGGGAAGGGAAGAGGCGGCAGCAGCCCGGCACGGCGGGCAUGAUGUGGUGACCGAGGCGUGGGGCUGGGCUCACCCCACCCCGGCCCGACGGGCCUGCGCUGCCCUCGGCCAGCGGGCCAGCACAUGCAGCAGCCCUUGCUCGCUAAUCAGUACGUGCUUCGAGCAAGCCAAGAUCCUGAACAUCUCGGCUGGAAAUCAGGCAUUUUACUAGAAUACAUCUGUGCACAGUGCAUUUAAAAAAAAAAAAAAAGUAUUUGAGUUUGCUUCCACGCGAGGGAAAACAAGCCUGUGAUGUGCUACUUCAAUGCUGCAAAGGGGGGGUUAAAGCCUGUCUGAGCCUGAAUAUUAACAUUUUUAUGCACUGUUUUUAUCUCUCCGAGGAAAGGAUAUGUAACUUUUGUGCCGCUGUUGGCAUCCAAUCAGCCUGUAAACGGAAGAUUCUAUUUUUCUAUUAUUUACAGAGGACUAUUUGAAACUUGAAUAAAGUCUAUUAGUGAUA